AUGCUUGCAGAAGACUAUAAACAGAAAAUGCUCAGCAUGCUCAACGACAACAAAACAUAUCUUCCGAUACCACGCGAUCCAACAUCACGAUACCAACGAACAAAUAACGAAUUCGCCAAACGACUACUCAACCUGAAUCUUAUCGACAAACAGACAGCAACACGACUAACUACAUAUAAUGCCAUAUGCCCCAGAAUAUACGGACAACCCAAAGCGCAUAAACCUAAUGUACCACUAAGGCCAGUAGUGCCAAACAUGACCGCUCCCGCCUACAACCUGUCGAAAUUCAUCGGAAAAAUCAUACAAAAUUCCAUUGAUAGUCCAUACAACAUAAAAGAUUCGUUCACGUUCUGCAACUUUAUCUGCUCAGUUACACUGCCACCAGACUAUAUUCUAAUUUCUCUAGACGUCAUAUCGCUGUUCACAUCAAUUCCUAAAGCCCUAGUCACACACAACAUAAUAACACAAUGGGAGAAGAUCAAAGUUAAUACAAACAUAAACCUAGAUUUGUUCAUCGAAAUAGCUGAAUUUUGUAUCGAAGCAAGCUACUUCAAGUACAACGAACAACAUUUCCAACAAGUGUUUGGGGCUGCAAUGGGGAAUCCUCUCUCGCCCAUAAUAGCAGACUUAGUUAUGGGAACACUACUAGACACAGUAACACAGUCAUUAAAUUUCAAACCUCCGUUCAUCAAAAAAUAUGUAGACGAUCUCCUACUAGCAAUUCCUGAAAGUCAAAUAGGCCAUGUACUAGAAACAUUCAACAGCUAUAAUGAACAUAUUCAAUUUACAUAUGAAAUGGAAAACAACAAACGACUACCGUUUCUAGACAUGACACUGAUAAGACAGGAAAACCAAAAAAUUCAAACAGAAUGGUAUAUGAAACCGAUAGCCAGUGGCAGGUUCUUGGAUUAUAACUCGUUCCACCCGCUCCAUCAAAAAAUAAACAUGGCCAAAAAUUUCAUUCGACGAGUCGACAAACUAUCCACUCAUUUACAAGACGCCGACAAAGCCCGUAUCAUCCAUCAACAAUUGAGUCUCAACAACUACCCAAAACCGCUCAGGAACAGACUCAUAAACCGCAGGCAAGAAAACAUUAUUACACUACAAGAAUCAUCCGAUGAAAACCUGAAAUAUACUUACCGUUCAAUACCAUACAUUCCAUACCUGUCGAACCGAAUCGACAAACACCUGAAAAACGAAUACAAAAACAUACGACUAGCACACCGCAACAUAAAAACAGUUGGACAAUUACUCACAAAAGUUAAAGACCCCGUCCCCCAGGAGCACCAAAACAACGUCAUAUACAAGAUACCAUGCAAAAACUGCGACGCCUGCUACGUCGGAAUGACAACAAACAUGCUUAAAACAAGAAUCAGCGGACACCGAACGUACUACAACACUUGGGACAAACUACUACAGCAAGGCUACAACGCAACAGAUCCACAAAUUAGUUCACUAAAAGAAAAAACAGCACUAAUGUACCACAGCAUCACACAAAAUCACAGAUUCGAUUUUCACCAAACGAAAAUUAUAGACAGACACGACAAACCACACGCUCUACCGUUUAUAGAAGUAUGCCAUAUUGCCAACACAGAAAAUAGUAUCAACAAACGCACAGACACUGAGGGACUCAACACUGUAUAUGCUGGUAUUAUACACACAAUAAGAAAUAUCAAUCACAACAAAACCGAUAAACACAAAAACCAAUAUGCAACCACAACCUAA